CUUAGAUUUAAUACGGUUAGGUUAAGUCUUCAAAAAGUCUUAAUAGAUGUGUUCUAGACUUUUACUAUUUGAUUAAAAAUAUAAUGGCAGCAAACAACCAAAAAAAGCGUAAUACGCCAAAUAUUCUUAUAACAGGCACUCCAGGAGUAGGAAAAUCCACACUAUGUGAAAAAUUAGCGGAAAUUACAGGAUUCAAGUGGCUUGAAAUUUCCAAAAUUGCAAAAGAUAACAACUGCCUAGAAGGAUUUGAUGAAGUUUAUGGCUGUUCCGUUUUGGAUGAAGAAAAGCUUAUGGAUGGUUUAGAACCAGUUAUGGCAGAAGGUGGAAAUAUCGUAGAUUAUCAUAGUUGCGAUUUUUUUCCUGAGAGGUGGUUUGACAUCGUUUUUGUCCUGAGAGUAGAUAACACUACUUUAUAUGAUAGGCUGACACACAGAGGAUAUACCGGAAAGAAAUUACAAGAUAACAUACAGUGUGAAAUUUUCCAGAUAAUAUUAGAAGAGGCAAAAACAUCCUAUAAUGCAAAUAUAGUACAUGAAAUUAGUAGUGUGACGGUUCAAGAACUAGAAGAUAAUUUGAAUAGAAUAAGUUUGUGGAUACAACAAUGGUGUAUAGAUCAAUGUAAAUAAAAUGCCAUGAAUAAGA